UUGAGAUCGAACUUACUGUAUCCAGAACGUCAGCCAGAAGGCACGAUGGGUGCGGUGCUGGGACGGCUGGCCGAGUCAGCUGGCUCGCUGACCAGCCUCAAAAGGACGCUCCAGGAGCUCGAGGAUGAUGAUGAGGACGCCGGUGACGGCGACUUCGACCGGCUCAUGAGGACACCGAAACGACGCAAGCUGGUGUCCACGAUGACCUACGUGUACGAAACCAUGUUCAAGGGCGGCGAGGGCAGCGACGUCACACUACACGCCCUGGGACGGAAGUGGCGACUGCACAAACUUUACCUCUCUCAGGUCAGUGGGUAAGCUCUGCCUCUCUCAGGUUAAUGUAUGAGCUGUGCUUCUCCCAGGUUAGUGGAUAAGCUCAACCUCUCCCAGG